GGGCCCCUCCCAUACGAAGCAAAGGUACGUAGCUUGCAAAUUGUCCGUGGCCUGAACGAAGCUGGUGCCGCAAAUAAAUUUCUUGGCACCAGAAAGCGAAGGCUAGUGUCGUACUGAAACUGAUAGACACAACGUGGAGCAUCUUCGCAUUGACUAUCAUUGCUCACCGCGAUGUCCCACCCUCCGAUGCGGAGGCCACCGAUCUUUCCUAUCACAGAAGCACAGCUGGUCUCGCUCUUCAUGCAAAGCUUCGCCUUCGGGGUACACGCGCUGGUCUUCGCGGUUUGCAUGCACAGGUGGUUUUGCCGUUUUCAGAUCGCGGGGCUCGGCACGAAGUCCUGGCCCUGGAUGGUCGUGGCUACUAGCUUGUUCAUCCUCGGAGGAGUGGACGUGUCGCUGAACUUAUAUGAUAACAUAAUUGCGUUCGUCUUCUUCAAGAGGCCCGGCGGUGCUGACUUGCAAUUCGAAACGAUAUCGAACUGGAUCAAUAUCGUCAGGAGUGUCUUGUACUUCCUUGUCGCGAUGCUCUCCGAUGCAGCUCUGAUCUAUCGUUGCUGGAUUGUGUAUGCUCACUGGAAGCCUCGCUGGGCCGUCAUCGUCCUGCCCACCCUCCUGUGGCUGGGUGCGAUCGUCUGUGCGACCGUAGACGUUUACUACGUGUCCACCCUGCACAAGUUAGCAACGAUACCACACGAGAAAACUCUCCGACCAUACCUAUUUGCAACCUACUUGAUGUCGCUCCUUUUGAACUUCCUGGUCACUGGGUUGAUCGUGUAUCGAAUGCGGGCGCUGAGCAAGCAGACUUCGUCGUUCAUAAGGCAGCAGCGUUGGAACCGUCUCAAAACCGUCAGCCGCAUCUUCAUGGAGUCCGCGCUCAUGUACACUCUGUCCGUCGUGAUCAGCGCCGUGAUGGAGAUGAUCAGCAACGAUGCGUUCUACGGCACCACCGACGUCAGCGUAGAACUUGCAGGCAUCGCCUUUGACCUCAUCAUCAUCCGGCUCUGGACAGAGAAUACGCGUGAAGAAAGCCGCACCAUCACGGAAUCUUUCAUCAUGGAGCCACCUCCCGCUCGACCACGCCUCAACUCCCUGGGACACUAUCAACUCCGCUUUCCCCCGCCGCCGAGUCGCGUUAGCUUCGCCCACUCCGAACGUGGUAGCGUCCACACUAAUAUCAGCAAGGUGAGGAGGAUAUAG